UUCUACCUGGGACAGCUGUAUUACAUGCCUGCUAUGAUGGCUCUGUCUGUACCGCGCGGGGAGUUCAUUGUUUUGUUAAUCUUCCAUUCACUUCAAGUGGUCACAUCACAGGGACGGACAUGUGGAUCGAACGAGGCGAUGUGUGCAGACAGUAAGCGGUGCAUACCGAACAUGUGGCUCUGUGACAAAGAACGGGACUGUGCCGAUGGGAGCGACGAGGCGGCCUGUGACAUGUACAUAUGCAAGGCGAAUCAGACACGGUGUGCGGACGGCAGUGCCUGUGUCCAAAACAGAUGGCUCUGCGACGGCGACAGUGACUGUGCUGAUGGCAGCGACGAGGGUCCACAGUGUAGUAACCACACGAAAACAUGUAAUGUUGACUCGGCCAUGUGUUCCGACGACAACCAGUGCAUCCCGGUUUCUUGGCUCUGUGAUGGAGAAGAGGACUGCUUCGAUAAAAGUGAUGAGACAAACUGUGCAGGCCCGACGUGCAGUGUUGCUGAGACAAUGUGCAAGAACACCAACCAGUGCAUCCGGAGCAGCCAGCUGUGUGACGGGAAGCAGGAUUGCCCGGAUGCUAGCGACGAGAACGGUUGCGGUAGCUGCUGUGUACAGUUUGAAGAAAAUUCUUCAAGGUUUCAAAACACUUUUUAAUAAUGUCUCUUUGUCAAACUGAAUGUGAUGGCAAGGGAAUAUUGGCCACCCUACAUUGUCAAGACCUCUAAUCAAAGCAGUAGAUUACCAAGUACCAAGCAGGCUUCGAUACCAUCUUCACUGGCUCCCCAUCCCGUAGAACCAUCCUCCAAACCAAUGGCCGCAUAGAAAUCGUUUGUCGUAAGAAGCGGCGAACAACAAUUUUUUUAUAAACAGAGAUCAAGAAUAGAAUACCUCGUCUGCCUAUGAAGAUCUAUUUAAGCAUUUGACUAUUUCAAUUAGGAUCCUACCAGCUUGUCACAACUGUAUAAUCCCUUUAAUACGCAUCCUUCCUUUAUAUCUGGCUUCACAUCCCGUGUGCUUCGUUACAUGUGUGCUAUUUGUUAUUUUUACUGUACAUUUGGCUUCAUCCAAUAGAUACGCCUGUCUAUAAACUAUGAUGAUGAAGA